AUCGAAUCUUCCAUAACCAUACAGACGACUGCGCACCCGCUCCACUCGCGCGCGUUGAACCUGCUUCUUGUCGUUGUUGUUUGUCGUGCGUGCUUGAGGUUGUGUGUGUGUGUGUGUGCUGUGUGUGUGUGUGUGUGCUGUAGGUUGCUUGCCUUGCCUGGGUUCAAGUAAAGGGGAGGAGGAGUGUUUGGUGAGGUGACGCGGUACGAAGGAGCAUGGCGUCGUUCAACCGCGAUCCGCAAGUGCGGAUCAUGUCUCUGACCGACUCGGAAAUCAAGCUUCAGCUCUCCAACGCAGACACAGCCCUGGCCAACAGCUUUCGCAGGUCAAUGAUUGCGGAGGUGCCAACAUUGGCCAUUGACGACGUGCACAUCGAAAUCAACACAACCGUACUGCAUGACGAGUUCAUUGCGCAUCGUCUCGGUCUCAUUCCGCUGACCAGCGAACGCGCUGCACACUUCAACUACAUGCGGGAUUGCACGUGUGACGCCGGCUGCCCCAACUGCGUUGUAAAGCUCGAGCUUCACGUCGCUUGCAGAGAUGCGCAUCAGAUGGAGGUGACAACGGAGCACCUUCGCAGCACCCUCGAUGGACCAGACACAUCCGUUGUCCCCGUUGCGACGGCUGCAGAGAGGCGAGACCAGUCCAUCCAGGGAAACCACAUUGUCAUCUGCAAGAUUCGGCAGGGGCAGGAGCUCAAGCUCACCUGCUACGCACGCAAGGGUGUCGGCAAGGAGCAUGCCAAGUGGAUCCCGACGGCGGCGGUUGCAUACGAGUACGACCCCGACAACGCCCUUCGCCACACCUUCUACGAGCACCCGGAGAUGUGGCCGCGCAGCGAGUACUCGCAGCUGACAGACGACGACAAGCACGAGGCGGACUACGACCCCGACGGCACCGCCGACACGUUCUACAUGACGGUGGAGAGCACGGGCGCCAUGCCGCCAGAGAAGAUUUGCCAGUCGGCGCUGGAGUCGCUUUUUACCAAGCUUGUUGAUCUCGACAACGCCCUCGAGGUGCUCAAUGCGUGAUGAUUGCACGCCAUGUGUGUAGUAGGUGUUUGAAGGGGAUGCUUGUGAGCGAGUGGGUGAGUGAGCGUGUACGUUGUGUGCAAAUGUGCCGCUCUGCCGCUUUGCCGUCUCUCUGUCUGUCUCUCUGUCUCUCUGUCUCUCUGUCUCUCUGUCUCUCUCUCUCUGUCUCUCUGUCUCUCUGUCUCUCUG